UGGAUCGGAUUGCGUGGUCGGCACGAGGCUGGUUAGUAUGAGUGCAACGGGAUAAAAGAGAGAGCAAAAGUAAGAGGGCAAGAGAUAGAGAUGCGGUUAGGGAUGGAAGCGCGCGUGUGUAGGUGGAAAAGAGGAGACGAGAGGAGCACCAAGAAGGCUUACGUCGGAGCGAGAGAAGGAUACGCGAGAGAGAGUGAGAAAGUUUCGAGCAUCGUAAAAGAGAAAUUCCAUCAAUGUUAAAUAGAAUAUUAGACCGUGAUGUUCAGUUAACAAGAAGUGUUGUAAAAUGUGUAGAAAGCUUUACAAUAAUGAGAACGUUAAGAAAGCAUUACAAAAUGUUAGAGAUAUCUUGCCACGCAGUGCCCUGGAUAACAUCGAUACUUGCAUUUAUUUGGAUUCUUAAUAAUAAAAAUUUGUAUCAAAUGCAAGUCAAUUUGUUAAUGGCUUUAAUACUAGACAUUAUCAUUAUUGCUAUAUUGAAAGCAUAUAUAAGAAGAAGAAGACCAGCAGUUAACGAUGAUCCUUUUUCACUAGGACCUGAUAAGUAUUCAUUCCCAUCGGGUCAUGCUUCUCGGUCGGUACUUAUCUUUUAUUUCUUUAAAUAUCUAUGGCCCGUGUCUGAUAUUUGUCUCCUAUCGAUAUCAAUAUGGAUCUUUGCUGUAAUUCUGUCUAGACUUUUAAUGAGAAGGCAUUAUGUUCUUGAUAUUUCUGCAGGGAUUUUUCUAGGUUAUAUUGAAGGAAUGCUUGUAAGCAUUUUAUAUUUAGAAUCUGAAACUUGUUCCAAUUUAAUAUAUUGGAUAACUGAUGAGAAACUAGAUGGUGCGGAAUAUGAUAUUUAAAACUGACUCACUUUUUAAAUAUAAUACUAAGCAGUGAUAGAAGAUUACGUCAAUCAUUGUUAUCUUUUAUAUUAUUUAUGUUAUGCGUUUGAUUAAUCAUUUGCAACAAAGAAAAAUAUUGAAAUAUAUGAUAUUCCUUUAUAUUCGUUUUCAAAUUAGAUAAGUUGAUAUUGAAGAUAUUAAAGCGAAGGUAAUUGUCAGUGUGCUAUUUUUGUUAUAACGUCAUUAUUAUCAAGACUGUUUAUGUAAGCACUGUUAAUUAUUUUUAUGAGAUAAGAUAUGAAAUGGUUCUUAAUUAUAUAAUGAUACAUGCUUUAAAUUAUGAAUUUAUGGAAAAAGUUUAUACCAAAUAAUGCAAUCAUAUUUAUAUACUUUUAUUUUCUUAUCACAUAAUAUAUUUUUAUUGACAACAAUUUCAGGUUCCACCUUGUCCUAGCAAUAUCGUAAAUUUUUACGAAUCUGAUAAUAGAAAAUACAAAGGUUGUAGAGCAUAAUCAAUAAAUAUAUUUUAUAAUAA